AUGGCCGACAUCAACGCCGCGGUCCGUGAGGCUUUGAAUGAGCAGCUUGGCACCUUAACUAAGCGAUUUGAAGGAAUGAUGUCCCAAAAGAUGGAGGAAAUGAUGGCAAGCUUCACGGCUAAGCUUCAAUUAUCUAGCCCUACUCCACCACCGAUUGCUUCCACUCUGAUUCCUCAGGCGAAUAAUUCCGGCAAAGCUCCGGAAGCUACCCAUUAUCAGACAAUGCCGUUAGAAGAUGUGAUCGUCACGGGCAUAGGCUCGAGCGCGCCACCCUUGAUCCCAAUUCCCCAUGCCAGCCCCGUGGCUACGGGACCAAAUGAUGAGACGGCCAAGCUCCUAGCCCGGAUGGAACAGAGGAUACGUGAAGUGGAGGGAACGCACAACAUACCGCAGAUUGAUUUUGAUGCCUUUUCAAAGGUUAAUGUUCCGGAGAAAUUCAAGAUGCCCGACUUCGAGAAAUACAAUGGCACUUCCAAUCCAGUGCAGCAUGUCCAAAUGUACCAAGUGAGAAUGAACAAAUACGCAACUAAUAGACCCUCGAUGGUUCAAACCUUCCAGGCUAGUUUGAAGGAUGCGGCUAUGACGUGGUACACGGACUACAAGAUCUACGGCAUGGAAGACGGGGAGAAGGUGGCCAACGAAUUUGUCCGACACUUCGGUUUCAACAUUGAUGUCGUCAUCACUAGGGAAGAUCUGGAGCGAUCGAAAAUCAAGAAGGGUGAAACGAUUAAGCAAUAUGCCACUAGAUGGAGGAAUGUGGCAUCCCGGUUGAAACCAGUGCCACCCGAACUCGAGCUCAUGAGAUUGUUUGUCUCCACCCUUCCCCAAGCGGUGCGAUCUCGCGUUCUUGGAACUGCUGCAACAUCAUUCAGCCAUCUCAUUUCAAUGGCUGAGGAGGUGGAAAAUGGCUUGAAGAAGGGGUGGUACGGCGAUAUUAGCACAAGUAAUAAGCGGUUCACGGUCAAGAAAGACAAGGAGUCUGCUCCCCAGGUUAACAUGACCUAUGCGCGAAAACCCAUUGCUCAGACACCGGCGGUGUAG